AUGGCCUCCGUCCUUGCUGUCCGUAGCGAGGUGACAGGCAAGCGCCCCAUCAAGCUGACCCCAAAGAUGCAGGGAGCUGGGGGUCUUGGUACCCAAGUGAGUGGCGGUGUCAGGAGGCGCAACACCGUUGGCGGCCGACUGAUCGCGAAAGUGCGCAAGGAUGGCGCUUUUGAGCACGUAGAUGACAACGAUGGUGUCGUCGACGUUGCAGGCAACACCAGCAUUGACAGCGCCUCUGCUGCCGCAGCUGACCCGUCUAGCGGUGCUGGUGAUGCCGCUCCCUUGGGGGUCCAAGUCCAUGCUGACGACUUCAGUGAUGAGCAUGAUGAGGAAGAGGAACGCACGAAGGUGCAGACGGAAAAGCAAGGGGACGGGCGGCAGGACAUGCUGAACAACAUCACCGAGCGUGAUGGGGCGUCGCUUCCCUCUCAAAGUCCUGCUGGGAGCCCACUGGAGGGUGUUGUCGAGGCAUCUAACCAGGUUGCUAACGGGCGGCUUGCUGAGUUGGAGCGAACCACACAGGAGCAAUCACUGCUGAUUUCGUCCCUUUUGUUGAAACUUAACAACAGGUCUUGCUCCCUGGAGAGGGGUGCGGUGGAUCCUGCCUCGGGGUCUCCAAGCACCAAUGGAACGCCACGAUCAGCACCAACGUCGCAGUGA